GCGAGUCACGUCAGUAGUGUUGGGCGUAGUGAUCGUCUCGACAUGUUGGGCGUUAGGCCUGCGUGGAUAUCGCUAUGGUUUGCAAUACAUUAGUAAACCAGAGAAAACUACCAAGAAAUCUCGACGUGAAAUGAUGCGCUCCAAUCGACGUAAUCGCAAAGAUGAGCGACUGAAGACCAAGAAACUGGAGCGAAGUUUAACGCUAUCAGUUGAACGAGAAAACACGACAGGGGAAGAGAAAAACGAGAAACGUGAGCGGAUUCGCAUGCAGCGCGUGGAACAAUACCAAAAGCUGGAGGAAGCUCAGUCAAGUGGAAUUCAGGUGGUGGUCGACUUGGCCUUUGCGCUAGACCAGACGACAAGAGAGAGUCACAGUAUUUUGAAACAGCUCGGGUGUGUCUACGGAUAUCUGAAGACCUGUCCGUUGGACCGGUUAUUAUCGCUACACCUUGCGUCCUGUACCCAAGGACUUGCAAGCAUCUGUGCGCAGCAUGCUGGAAGACAUGAAGAACCGCUCGAGCAGCUUUACGACGCUGAUAAGCUCGUGUACCUUUCGCCAGAUUCAGACAACGUACUGGAGCACCUUGAUCCAGCAUUUGUGUACAUCGUCGGGGGGAUCGUCGAUCGCUCUGUUCGCAAGGGCGAGACGAAAACGAAGGCAGCUUCACGUGGCAUUCGAACCGCACGUUUGCCGCUUCAAGAGCACUUUGAGCAAUUGGGGUCACGCGUGCGAACUCAUAUCAUGAAUCUGGAUUCUGUCCUUAUUGUGCUGAAUGAGGUAGCAAAUCACGGAGACUGGAAACGCGCAUUCGAGCGAGCUGUUCCUCCUCGGAUCACCCGCAAAAAGGAACCCAAGAACAAACAGACCAGUGCAAAGACAACUUGAAAAUGACUGUUUACUAGGAAUGUGAAAUUGAUCGUUUCAAAUAAAAAUAUGAAUUCUUAAGAAUGUA